UUGCAUAAUCUGAACUGGCUAUCCUGGCCAUGACAGACUGAGAGGCCAGCUGCCUACCAGGACAGGAGCUCUUUGGAGAAAGGACUGGAGGAAGUGGUGAAAAAAGACUAAAACAUGAAUAAUCUUGUGAGUGAACAGGAGGUAAUUGAGAGAGGUGUUUAUAAUGAGGUUGUUUCCCUCCUGGCACACAUGGAUGACCAAGAUAAGGACAGAAUUGCCCUCAGGAUUGCCUCUAUAGCUAAGACCAAGCUGGCUAGUGUUGUGAGAGUUCUGCUGGAGAAAUUGCAACAGGAUAAGCAAAACAGAGUAGCCAUUUACUUUAUCCUGGAUAAGGUAUUACAGCAGGACACUGGGGGCCUAGAGAUAAGGCUAGUGAAAAAAAUUAUAAGCCUAGCCUCAGAGCAGAUGAGAGAGACUCGGGAAGCAACAAAUGAAGUAAAAGUGGCAGCUAGCAACACGUUAGUGACUCUGGCAAGCUGCUAUUUUGAUCAUGUCAUGUAUGAGCUGCACUGUCAUCUGAAACCACCGAAGCUGCCUGAAGAGUUUAUUUUAGUUACGCUGGGCAACCUGUCAUCAGCCUAUGCACGUAAGUGUAUCCCUUUUGUGAGAGUGACCCUGAACACCAUGGUCUCCAUGCUGGAGUUCGUCAAGGACGGCAGGCUGAGACAAGCAUUUUGCGGUGUUCUGGAACAAUGGUCAAGGGCAGUACGUCUCUUUUUGGCUAACUGGGAAAAGUGCUCAUUCCCCAAAGUGGGCCAAUUGCGACUCUGCAAUCAUUUUCUUCCCGUCUACACUCAUGUGACCAGCAACUGGCUGACCUGUGAGGAGCCGGAGCUCAAGCAGGCUAUCAUCAAAGCCCUUGGUCCCAUGAUGAGCCUCCUGCUACACAAAGAGGAGUAUCAAGAUCAGAUAUUUGAACACCUCUCAUGGCUCCUUGAGCAAUAUAAUGAAAACACUGAUGUUUUUCACGUCACCAAGAGUCUGAGCCAGCUCUUGGAGGUCUCUGGUGAAUAUAAGAUCCCUCUCCCUGACGGGAAGUUUCAAGCCAUCUGCAGUGCUCUGCAUAACCAGCUCUGUUCUCAAGCUAGGCCGCUCAGCAUGGAAAAUCACACAGAGCUGGUCCAUUGUGUAGUUCAACUAGCCCGUUCUUCUCCAGAGGAUCUGAUAGCCUUUCUGCACUCACAGCUGAAGAUUAAGAAUGAGGCUGUUUGUGUGACCUCUUUGAAGCUGCUCAGAGCUAUUGUUGAUGCUGACUUGCCCGAGACAAGACUGAAAAAGUGUCUGAUUGUGAAGGCAGUGAAAUCCACUUUCAGUGAUCAGAAUGCUACGGUGAGGAAGACAGUUCUUCAUUUCAUCCAGAGGCUGCUCAGCUUACAAAGUGUGGAGAACUGUGCAGCUUGGGAUAUGGUAGCACAUGUUUUCACGGAGUUCAGUGUGUCCACCAGCAAACUGGCUAUUCCGGAAGAAAACACGAUCCAAACCCUGUGCACUGACAUCCUGCAAUCUCUGGACACCUCGGUCACUGGAAUGACCCAAGUGUUAUGGCCAAGGCUUCUCGAAUAUGUGGUGCCAGUUCAGUACACUGGUACUUUGAAGCCUCUCUGCAGAUGCCUUACGGAGCUGGCUGAGAAAAAGCAGCAGGAAGGAGAAGAAGCUGCUUGCCUUGACUACGAUGGACCAGUGAAACUCCCUACACCCCAGGGGCUGCUGGCACGACUCCUGGUAGUAGCCUCGUCCCCUUAUGCAGGAGAAGGACACGGAUGUGCUGCCUUGCAGUUACUACAGGCCCUGCAUCAAAAUAUCCAUGUAGCAGUGGGUGAGAUGUGGGGAGUAAAGAUCCCAUCUCUGCUGCAGUACAUUGAAGGAAACACAGAGAAUUCCCUGGACCACGUGCAGUGGGAGCACAUGCUGCUUCAGUUCCUAAGAACAUCUCUGGGGAUGAUAGACGACAGUGCCUGGAGCAGCCAGAUAAGCCUUGAGUUGAACCAGCAGAUGGCCAGCUAUACCAGCCCCUCCCGUGAAAAGAGUUUCCUGUAUAAGGCGCUAGGAACGUCCUUAGCAGUUUGUCAGGACCUGGGCCACAUUAAAUCCCAGCUUCAUCAAUUUUUGAAAGCAACAGAUUAUAUGGAAGCCCCUGAGAGACAGCCCCCGCUGCCCAUGUGUCUGACGCCUGACUCGCGCUUUACACCACUUCAGCUGAAAGGAAGGGACUCGUGCCUGACUGCUGGUCCUGACUCUCAUCUCAGUGCAACCUCUCCACAUCACUUUGCCAUUCAGUUCUGCCUUGUCUAA